GGUCUGAUCAGAAUCUAUCUCACUCUUUAGUCAUUUAACAUCUAACCCACAUUGUUCCUCAGCUGUCAGAAAUCAAAUUCAACACUUAUUGUCCAAAUGCUGACUGUGGGAGAAACCGGAGCACCCGGAGGAAACCAGCGCCGACCCAGCAGGAGUGGAGGCUGGUGUGCCUUCUGAGGCCACAGUGUCUUGAAUCUUUGGCACCUUCUCCACCUGCAGCUGUGUGUUGUCUUCAUGGGAGUGUGCUGAUGAUUCAGACCUGAAGAACAAGAAGGACAGAGGAGAUGAAAGCUGUCAGAGAAUGAUGCAGUGAGCAGCAGGCUGGAGCUGCAGGUGAAGGCGACUCUGAGCUUUCAGGUGUCGGGACUGUAAGUUUCCUCUGACAACUUCAGAGUGUGUUGUGCUGAUUUCAUGGCUCUCCUCACCAAUGUCACCAUCCUGCUGGUCCUGGCUUGUAUUUCCCAUCAGCUGAUGUUGAGCAGCUGUCAGAAGAGUCAUGGACGCAGGGGACGAGGGGUGGACAGAGGACAACACAAGGACAGGGCGGGAGUAAAGAUGAGCCGUCAGCCCAAAUCUGUCUCUGCACAGCCCAUUAAGGGCAAAAUGGUCACCAAAGACAAGUCAGAGUGCACGUGGGCAGCAACAGGUGACGAGCUUUACGUCCUCGGACUCACCUGCAAGAAGGGGGGCAGGAGCUUCAGCUGCGAGUACGUCGCCAGACCAUCUGUGUGUCCGCAGUACGCCUCCAAUGUCAAACUUUACUGGAAGCAAAUGGCCAGGGCGCUGAGGAAGCAGAAGAAUUUGUGCCAGGACAGUAAAGCACUGGUCAAGGCUGGUAUGUGCAGAAGAGCUGCCAGAGAGGCUCAUUUCAGACUCCACAGUGCACAGAGGAAGACCGACUCGCCUUCCAGCCCACCGCCUGCACCCGGACCUGUCAAAUCCUGUAAGGAUGACAACAAGAAGCUGGCAGAGGAGCACUGCAACAACUCCUGGACCAGCGUCUGCACGUUCUUUUUCACUAUGGUGCAGGACUACGACUGCUGAGGUGGAAACAAGUGAAACACUGACAUGAGUUCAGCAGAUUCAUCUGUAGGGUCUCUGAACGCUCCUGAUAUGUAAACAUUGUUAACUGUGGUUCUGAUCCUCAAUAAAACCUUUUCU